AUGUCGCAUAGAUCCAGGAGGGUCGAACGUGACAUGGGAUGCAGUGGAUCUGGUGACGAGAGCAGAAGGAGAAGGCGAACUAGAUCGUCUUCAAAACGUUCAAGACGGGAGCCCCAUUACAGCAGUCGUCGACAAUCCAGAUAUGUUGAGGAUUACGGACGUGACCAAAGCAGAUCUCCCGUAGAUGCUGGCGAAGAUCAGCGGCAUCGCAAGAGCAGAAGCCGAGUGCGAGGUAGCCGAACGACCGGAUCGCCAAGUAGAAGUCCAGAAAGAAGGCGGCAGGUUGCCCCUCAGUUGGGAGGUAUUUUCAGUAGCAGUCGUCAGACAAUUCACCGGGGAACAAAAUUUCGGUCAACUGACGGAAUCCACGAUGAACAAUUGCGAACCAGUUUAGUAACUGCGAAAAAACGAACACUUACCGAAUUGAGUCAAUGCUUGGGUUCACUUGCAGAUGAAAAAUCAAAAGAGAGUAAAAAUUCUAGAGAUGGAAUAGAUAAUAAACGUAGCGCAGACCAGGGUAAAUCAAAAAAACCAUUUAAACGUUUCGAUCGUAAUGCUUGUUUCAAAUGCGGAAAGAAGGGUCAUAGGAAAGAUCGUUGCCCAGAGUUAAAUAGUGAUGAGAGAAGCAAAGCCGGCGCAGCAUCCCUUAAGGAUGGUGCCUCAGAAAAUGAUAAAAGCGCAACCCACAAGGAUGACAGGGAUAGGAUAAGAUGCACGUAUUGCAAUAAGCCAGGCCAUUUGGAAAAGGACUGUUAUACCAAAAAGAACAGGGAUAGAAAGGAAAGGAACAGUUGA